AUGUUGUGCUGCUGCAGAUGUUCGCUUGAUCCAAUUUUGAUCACCGGAAUACGCUACUCGUCGGAUCUGCAACGAGCAUAUGCGGAAAGCAUGGUGUUCAAAUUCGCAGAUCGUCCAGGAGUUUGGUUUUUCUGUCAGAUACAAAUGUGCAUGAAGAAAUCAGGGAUGUGCGAUGGAGUUACGCCACCCUCAUGCGCUUCGCAAGCAGAAAAACCUGAAAUUCGUUAUAUUUCGGAAACAGAGCAACUGGAAACCCUAGAAAAAAUGGAAACCACUGCGACGGUAACAACAAAGCCGCCGACCAGAUAUGUUAUAAAAGCACAAAAGCCUGGACCAGUUACAACAGAAUUCGGAAAUGCAAUCGAAGAAACAGUGGCUGGCGAAUAUUUGGAAGAGAGCACAAAGUAA